AAGCUGUCAUAUCAUUCUUGGUAGCUUGGGUAAAAAAACAGAAAUCGCAUCAAACGCUGUCCUCUGUGCUGAGUUUGACGACAAUAACAAUAGAGGAAACGUGAAAAUACUCGAAUAUAAAGACGACCCGGCGACUAAAAACAAGGGAAACGUCCGUAGUUUUUUUUAGUUUUCUUCAGCUAACGCAGCGAGGCCGAGCUUCAAAAUGGGGCGUAUCUUCUUGGACCACAUCGGUGGGACUCGCCUCUUCUCUUGUGCCAACUGUGACACCAUCCUGACCAACCGAGCUGAGCUCAUCUCCACCCGCUUCACCGGAGCCACUGGCCGGGCUUUCCUCUUCAACAAGGUUGUGAAUCUGCAGCACAGCGAGGUGCAGGACAGAGUCAUGCUGACGGGGAGGCACAUGGUGCGUGAUGUCAGCUGCAAGAACUGCAACAGCAAACUCGGUUGGAUGUACGAAUUCGCCACAGAGGAGAGCCAGCGCUACAAGGAGGGCCGCGUCAUCCUGGAGAGGGCGCUGGUGAGGGAGAGCGAAGGCUUCGAGCACGUCCCGACCGACAAUUCCUGAGUUCAUUUAUAUUUAUCUGUGGAUACCAAAGCUUUCCCUCCAGCAGCAGCAGCAGAACAUGGACUUGCAUUGAUGGUGUUCCAUUUCUCCCUACAGCUACAUCAAAAUAUCACAGGCUGGGUGUUUGUGGGAACAACUAACAACAAGGUGUUGGAUAUUUUUUCAAUUCUGAUGGGGAUUAUUCCUCAAAGGGAAAAUAAAGUUGCUUUUCUUCCCAUUUAAAAA